AUGGAAACAGUUGCUGAACGAAAGGCAAGGUUUAUAGAAGUCCGCAACAAUCAAGUUUACGAGUCGAUGGUCCUCAUUGCACUCAUCAACAAGAAGUACAACAUCAGCCUUUCCCUCCCAAACAAGAGGGCUGUUGUCUUUGAGCAAUUUUUCAGAAUUGACACGGUGUGGAAUAAUUGCGAGUGCGUUUCAGUCAAAAACUUUGUUCGUGAGAGAUGUGAAGAGCGAGAGAAGUACGAAGUUGAUUGUGGUGUCAAGCAGAAAACGGCUUCUCGAAGAAAGAACAGCAAUAUCUUUGUUGAGACCAUCCAUCUUCUUGUCGACUUGGUGAGAGAAAUUGGGUUCUUUGUUGAGACGAGGGAAUGUGGAGGCAAGAAGUGUGGCUUUAAAGAAGAGUACAUCACAGCGAUAUACUGGGCUGGAAGACAGAUUUUUGAUAAAAAACAGAUGUGGGUCUCUGGAAAGGGUGUUUUAGACAUCGUCAAAAAAAGUCUUGCAGAUCAGAAAAAAAUUGUUCUGCCACUUGGCACUUUUGGGUUCACAGAGUGA